UAAAACGUACACGAGGAUUCUCUUUUUCUCUCUCUUUGAUAAUUCUUUGCCACCCGGAGCCAGAAUCUUUUUUGUUUUCCUCUUCUUCUACCCAUCUCUCCCCCUCUCUCUCUCUCUCCCUCCCUCCCUCACUCUAUUACUUGGUACGGUACUUCACUCUUGAAAUCACCGCUUUAUCAUUUGCCUUCUCACUCUUCCACCGCCUCAAAUUUCUGGGUUCUCGAUUUUAACUCAAGACCCUUGUCAUUUUCGUUCAAUUAAGGACAUUUGGUGGUUCCUGGGAAACAGGAACUCUAUUAAAUUUAGUAUUCGGAGGUCCAAUUCUAGAUUGCCCGUAUGCCUGGAAACAAGUACAACAGCAAUUCAGCCACCCCCACAUCUCGAAUUGAGAGGCUUUUGAGAGUAAGAGAGUUACGGAAAAGCAGCAGAGCUUCUCAGUCAAGUGAUUCUAUUGAUGGCAACAUUAGGACUGAACUCUCUGAACACGAUUUGCGCCUCAGAGAUGGGGAUGUCUCGGGAGUUUCAUAUGUGGAGCAAUAUUUGGAAGGUGCCUUGGCUGCACUAGCACUUAAUGAUGGAUGGGAAAGGAUUGAUGGGAAGCCCAUCAGGCAAAGGCUUUUGGUGGUGGCUAAUAGGCUUCCAGUGUCUGCGGUAAGGAGAGGUGAGGAAACAUGGUCAUUGGAGAUAAGUGCUGGGGGUCUAGUCAGUGCUCUACUUGGUGUGAAAGAAUUUGAAGCAAGGUGGAUUGGCUGGGCUGGUGUAAAUGUACCAGAUGAGGCUGGUCAAAAGGCACUUACUAAAGCAUUGGCUGAGAAGAGGUGUAUCCCCGUCUUCUUGGAUGAAGAGACAGUUCACCAAUAUUACAACGGGUAUUGCAACAAUAUAUUGUGGCCUCUUUUCCAUUAUCUUGGACUUCCACAGGAAGACCGUCUGGCAACUACCCGGAGCUUUCAGUCCCAAUUUGCUGCAUACAAGAAAGCAAAUAAGAUGUUUGCUGAUGUUGUGAAUAAGCAUUAUGAAGAGGGUGACGUUGUUUGGUGUCAUGACUACCAUCUCAUGUUCCUUCCAAAAUGUCUCAAAGAUCACAAUAGGAACAUGAAAGUUGGUUGGUUUCUGCAUACACCUUUUCCAUCUUCUGAAAUUCAUCGCACAUUGCCAUCUCGUACAGACCUGUUACGUGCAGUACUACAUGCUGAUUUGGUUGGCUUCCACACAUAUGAUUAUGCAAGGCAUUUUGUUAGUGCUUGUACUCGAAUACUUGGAUUAGAAGGUACCCCCGAAGGAGUGGAGGAUCAGGGACGGCUGACCCGUGUGGCUGCAUUUCCCAUUGGGAUAGAUUCAGAACGAUUCAUUAGAGCACUUGAAGUUCCUCAAGUUCAGGAACACAUCAAAGAACUAAAAGAAAGAUUUGCUGGGAAAAAGGUUAUGUUAGGGGUUGAUCGGCUUGAUAUGAUUAAAGGAAUUCCUCAAAAGAUAUUAGCAUUUGAAAAAUUUCUUGAGGAAAAUUCCUAUUGGUGCGAUAAAGUGGUUUUGCUGCAAAUUGCUGUGCCAACAAGGACAGAUGUACCUGAAUAUCAAAAGCUUACGAGCCAGGUUCAUGAAAUUGUUGGACGCAUCAAUGGAAAAUUUGGAACUCUAAUUGGGGUUCCAAUUCAUCAUCUGGAUCGUUCUCUUGAUUUCCAUGCACUCUGUGCGGUCUAUGCCGUUACUGAUGUAGCACUUGUCACAUCUUUGCGAGAUGGAAUGAAUCUUGUUAGCUAUGAGUUUGUUGCUUGUCAAGAUUCCAAAAAAGGGGUUCUCAUUCUCAGUGAGUUUGCUGGUGCUGCACAAUCUUUGGGAGCUGGAGCAAUCCUGGUGAAUCCUUGGAAUAUUACUGAAGUUGCUGCUGCAAUAGGCCAAGCAUUGAAUAUGCCUGCUGAAGAAAGGGAGAAACGUCACCGACACAACUUCGCACAUGUGACAACCCAUACUGCUCAAGAAUGGGCUGAAACUUUUGUUAGUGAAUUAAAUGACACUGUUAUUGAGGCUCAGCAGAGGAUAAGAAAAGUUCCACCACCGCUUAAUGUCACUGAUGCAGUGAAACGCUACUUGCAGUCUAAUAACAGAUUGCUCAUACUGGGUUUCAAUGCUACACUAACUGAAUCAAUAGAUACUCCUGGAAGAAGAGGUGGAGAUCAAAUUAAAGAAAUGGAAUUGAAACUGCAUCCGGAGGUGAAAGGACCAUUGACAGCUCUUUGUAGUGAUCCAAAGACAACGGUUGUUGUCCUCAGUGGAAGUGAUAGAAGUGUCUUGGAUGAGAACUUUGGUGAGUAUAACAUGUGGUUAGCAGCAGAGAAUGGGAUGUUUCUGAGAUCUACCAAGGGUGAAUGGAUGACAACAAUGCCAGAGCAUUUAAACAUGGAUUGGGUUGACAGUGUAAAGCAUGUCUUCGAGUAUUUCACCGAAAGGACACCCCGAUCUCAUUAUGAACUCCGGGAAACUUCACUUGUAUGGAAUUACAAAUAUGCAGAUGUGGAAUUUGGAAGAUUGCAAGCUAGAGAUAUGCUGCAGCAUCUGUGGACAGGUCCAAUCUCAAAUGCAUCAGUUGAUGUUGCUCAGGGAAGCAGGUCAGUUGAGGUACGAGCAGUUGGCGUGACAAAGGUGAGUGGAUUAUUCUCCUGUUUUCUUUUUUUUUUUUCCCAGCUUAUUUUUUCUUGGUUGGCGAGGUUAGUACUCUGCCUGAAAUGUCUAAAUCUAUUUUAGCUUAAAAAUUGUCACCAGCUCCAUCUUUUACA